AGCUGCAGAGUGUGAAAUAGAUAUUUGAGGAUCGAACAUGAUCACCAUGAACGAGCUGGUGGAUCUGCGCAUGCAGCAGCACAUUGCGCACGAGAUCUAUCGCCAGCAGAUUAUGCAGCGAAUACCAGAUCCCUUUCCCCCCAUGCUGCCGAUGCACAUGCCGCGUCACGUGAUCAUGCCACCGCGUGUGACGCUGCCCGGCGUGGAAAUGACGCUGCAGAAUGACGAUCUGUGGAAGCAAUUCCAUCAAAUUGGCACCGAAAUGAUCAUCACCAAGAGCGGCAGACGCAUGUUCCCCUCGAUGAGAUUGAGCGUCGCGGGGCUGGAGGAUGAGACCAACUAUUGUGUCCUGCUGGAAAUGGUGCCCAUUGGCGAUGCCCGCUACAAGUUCUCCGGCUCGCAGUGGGUGCCCGCAGGCGGAGCCGAGCCACAGAGCCCUCAGCGCAUGUAUCUGCAUCCGGACAGCCCGGCCACCGGUGCCCACUGGCAGGCCCAGCCCAUACUCUUCAACAAGGUGAAGCUGACCAACAAUACGCUGGACAACAGCGGCCAUAUUGUCCUGGCCAGCAUGCACAAGUAUCAGCCGCGUCUGCAUGUCAUACGCACCGCUGAUCUGGCGCAGAUUCCCUGGGCCCCACAGCAGGCCUUUGUCUUUGCCGAGACUGAGUUUGUGGCCGUGACAGCGUAUCAGAAUGAUCGCAUCACAAAGCUGAAGAUCGACAACAAUCCGUUUGCCAAGGGCUUCCGCGAAACGGGACAAUCGCGCUGCAAACGCAAGAUGUCUUCAUCGCCAACUGGCGAAGAUCAAGAUCAGUCGCUGACGCAGUCGCAGUCGCAGUCGCCGUCUCAAGCCCAGUCCCAAUCGCUUGACAUGUCGCCAACAAAAGCCAACGAAGCAGCAGCAGCAACAACAGCGGGCAGCAACAGCCACAACAGCCACGAACUCGGAUCGGAUGGGCCACAAAUUAAGCGUCUGAGAUCAAAUGGUUCCGCCUGCUCCUUAUCCUCAUCGCUGGAUGGCGGCCCAGAGCCAGUGCCAAUGUCUGUGCCUGGCGCCAGCUCCAUGGGCUUGGGAUCACCGCCCCCUGGCCUGGGGCAGCAUCAUCGCAGCGUCUUCAUGCAACACUUUCAGACCCUGCUGCGACCCUCGCUGGUGGACCUCGCCUGCACAUACUUCGGACGCAGUCCGCACGACUACAGUGCGGGGAUGCCGGUGUAUCCGCCAGCCGCCGCCAUUUUGCAAGCUGCCGCGCUGCCCCCACUUCCUGUGCUGCCACUGCCGCAGGACAUUUCCGGUGGUGAGCCAGCAUCGGAUGAGUCUGGAGCGGAUGAACUGGAGCUGGAUGUGGGCAGCGAGACGACGCAGCAGCAGCAGCAGCAGCAGCGGCCAGUGGAGCAGCCGCCGGAACCCUCCAGCAGGAGCAAAGGCUUCAGCAUAUCCGCCAUUUUGGGCGGUGGCAGCUAAGCGGUGGAGGAGAAAGAGAAGAGGAUCUUCCUCCUUGUUACUUAUUCUGAUAUUACCUUGGCCUGAUUAGAUCCUAAGUUAGCAUAACUUUUAAACAAUUAAAGUGACUUUAAAAACACAAG